AUGUCCAAAUCCUUCUCUGGGGCCAAAGCCAACUAUGACACCCAUGACAAAGAACUACUGGUGGUCAUUAAAGCUCUGGAAGAAUGGUGCAUAUUCCUAGAAGCAACUGAGAAGCUGGUCCAGGUUUUCAUGGACCACAGGAACUUAGAAUACCAGAUGCAGGCCCAAACCUUCAACUGUAGGCAUGCUAGAUGGCGGAUUUUCCUAAGUGACUUCAACUUUGAAAUACACUACCACCCAGGGAAACAGUCAGGGAAACCAGAUGUGCUAUCCAGAAGGUCAGACUACUUAGAUAUGGUACAGGAGCCAGAGGUCAUGCUCCCAGCAGAGGUUUUUGCCAACAUGUUGGAAGAAGAAAUGGAAAUUGUCACCCAAAUAUGUACCAAGCUGAGAGAAGAUCUGUCCCUUGAACCCAUCAUUCAAUUCCUGACAGAAGAUGUGGAGAAUGCACCUCCUUCCAUCCAAAAAGCCUAUAGGGACUACAACUGGGAAGAAGGCCUACUUUGGUACCAAGGGAAACUUGUGGUUCCAGACUCAGAACUGCUAAAGGAGAGACUACUAAGAGAAUUCCACAACUCUCCCUGUCAGAGCCAACAACUACCAAAGGGUAAUCCUAACAAGGGCCUAACAAUGCUCAAGGCAAAGCCAGGAAAGGCAGGGCAAGGAACCUUUGACAGGGACUGUGGUAUAGGUAAGGAGGUUAUAACACAAGCCAACUGUUGCCUGCAUGCUCCUGUCAUCUCCCUGAAGCCACUAGAGGUUCCCCCCUUCCCAUUACACACCAUAUUGUAUGACUUCAUCACAGGUUUCCCCAAGUCACAAGGACAUGAUGUGAUCUUGGUAGUAAUAGAUUCCUUCUCCAAAUUUGGACAUUUCAUUCCCACAUCCAAGAAGGUCUCAUCUACAGGGCUAGCAGAACUAUUUGUCACCCAUGUCUGGAAACUCCAUGGCUUACCUAUCAGAACCAUCUCAGAUAGGGGAACCAUGUUCACUGGGAAAUUCCUACAGGCCCUCUACCAGCAGCUAGGCAUCAAACCCUUGUUCUCCUCUGCAUACCACCCCAAAUCAGAUGGUCAAACCAAGAGGGUAAACCAAUUCAUAGAAUUCUACUUAAGGUCUUACGUGGCAGUGGAUCACUUGGAUUGGGCCAAGUGGCUACCUCUGGCAGAGUAUGCAUAUAACAAUGCCAAACACACAGCUAUGGGGAAAUCACUCUUUGAACUAGUCUAUGGCAGGACCCCAAUCAUGAACCCUUCCCAGGUCCCAGCAAAUGUACCAGAAGCUGACCAAGUAGCAGAUACCCUAGCCAAGGAGUGGAAAGAGGCAGAGGCAGCCCUCCAAAUGAGUAAGGAGAGAAUGGCAGGCACAAGGGGAACAAUCCUGGAGUUUCCCAUUGGGGAAAAAGUUUGGCUGGACGCAAAAAACGUUGAAAUCAGGUCCAAUUCCAACAAACUUGACCCAAAACAAUUAGGAACCUUUGAAGUCACCAAGAAGAUCUCUAGCCAUGCCUACUGCCUUAAACUUCCUGAAACUCUGAAAAUCCAUGACGUAUUCUACAUAGGGUUACUGUCUAAGAGUCACAAAUCCCCAAGUCAGCUGUUUCUGGAACAACCUCCUCCUGAAACAAUAGAAGGAGAGGAAGAAUACAAGGUGGAGCAGAUCAUUGACUCCAAGAGACAACAGGGAAAAUGGUUCUACCUUAUCAAGUGGAAAGGAUACAGUCCAGAAGACAACUCCUGGGAACCCAAAGAGUUACUAGAACAUAGCAGGGAGGAGAUCCAAUGCUUCAACAAGUCACAACAGAAAAAGGCUUGUGACUCUGCCAAGAGCCUUUAA